ACAUACCCUCUACCCAAUCCAGGAACAUAGCCCAAUGGAGCGGGCAUGUUCAUGAAUUCCCGACGUUUCUUGUUGACGAGUGCACCGGGCGCUGCCAUCUUGAACAGAUAUCGACUCGAUUUUAAACCGGUACGGUACUUGAUGACACGUACGGUACCGCCCGGAUAUGGAGCCCGUAUAUCGGUUCACGUAUCCGGUUCGGUUAGUUAUAGUCCACGAAUUGUUUCUGAGACGAGACUGAGUCGUCAGUCGAAGAUAAAUCAAAUUCUCUACUUGAUCUAGUACUAAAGGCCCAGGGUAAAGUGUGAAUUCAGCAAUGUCUAGACAGGUAUUUGUAGCAUUGAGGUAUGGUUCCAUGCCCAUACUGGGGCUAGGCCUCCUUCAAGUCAGAGCUGGUGAAAGUCCAGGUGAGGACAUGGCCCUAACAACCUUGGUAAAGCCUAAAGAUCUUCCAGUAUACAGUGAACCCAAGCAGACCGAAUACCAGCUGAUACCUGAAGGACCUAGUGCUUUGAGGGACAUGGUGGGCUCAGUAAGGGAACAGAUAUGGAGGUUCUCAGACACUUUUCACGGAGCCAUCGGUUUUACUCAAAGAACAUACAAAACAGCAGAGGAGACAUCGAAAAGUGUGAUACAAUUCAUCAAAACAGAGGAAGGAUUCUACCCUAGGGCGGGGGUCAUCUCCAUUGCUGGCCUUGCCGGUCUUGUCUUGGCAAGGAAAGGUGGAUUCAUCAGGAAGGUUGUAUAUUCUGGUGGUUUGAUGACAGCUACUGCUUCACUGUGUUACCCAUACCAAGCAGUUAAGAUAGGCAAGGCUGAGAUUGAAUGGGUUAAAACCAAAGCUGCAGACCUCUAUAAAGGAGACACAUCAAGUCCUGCUGUUGAAAAAGUUGCAGCUAAUGAAGUGAAGAAGGAAGAUGAAACGGAGAGCUCUAAUGAAGAAGAAUCUUUGAAGACAGAUGAAAGUACAUCAAAUGCUAGCCUAGAAGACCAUGGACAGUCAAAACCAGAAGAUAAAGACAUGUACACUACCAGAAGCUGAGUGCAUGACCUCUAACCUGAACUUUGAACUCUGAACUUUGUUGGAGUGUGACUCGGAUUUAAUACUGAUGCAUGGCAUAACUUUGCUCUUUUUAAAUUCAUUGUGUGUGGAUAAAGGGAGAUGGAGGCAUCAAUAAUACUGAGACAUGUAAUCCAUGGGACAGGACUCGUGCCCAGUCUAUUCAGGAUGUAAUAUUUCAUUCAUUAUUAUAACUAAAAAUCAUUACUAAAAAUGUUAGAGGUGAAACAUAGGCUGUUGCAACGGUUACUGUCUACUUUUUAAACACACAACACUCAUCAUGGUAACCUAUAGAUCAUCAUGAUUCAAUAUAUUCAAGCUCUCCUGUGCCCUGCUGUGGAAAUCUUGAGUUUGAACAGAACUUGAUAAAGUCAACUGAGACACAUAUUUGAGUUUUUUCUUCUGAUGUAUUUUGGCCCGUGGCCUAUGAAUGAUGUAUCUAAUUCAUACCAAUUAUCACAAAUUGUAUACCUGUAUAGAGUCUUUAUCUUUUUAAAUUGAAAAAAAACAAUAAUUACCAUGUCUGAGAUCACAAGAAAUGGCAACUACUACCUUGGUAACAGGGCUCAGCAGCCAAUCAAAAUCAAGGUUACCAUGGUAGUUGCCAUAAUGGCAAGGCAAAGUUACAACAGUAAUUCUUUAUGAAACAGGCCCCCUGAUCAAACAAGACUAUAAAAAAAGUUAAAGAAAGCUAUCAACAAGCUGCCAUUUCAAUAUUUAAUUGAUGCUGUAACUUGAGCAAUUGUGAUUUAAGAAGCAAUUAUAAGGAAUGGGGCUGAGGUUUUUUGUGUAUAUUCUAUUCUAUAGCUUGCAAAGCAGAACUUUGUUAGCCAAUGAUAAUUUCAAUAAAGAAGCUACAUUGAAA